AUGAAGGGCACUAGUUGCUUUCUUGUCGGAUUUGUUGCCGGGGUGCAAGCUUUGCGCGACUAUUCCGAUCAAAAAGUGUGCAGGUUUCACACCAACAACGUCACGCAGGUACAACAGAAGCUGCAACCGCAUUUGCAUGGCCCGAUCGACAUAUGGACUCGUAGUUCUGAGUUUGUGGACGUUAAAGUACCAGCUGUGGUAGUCAAAGAUAUAGAAGGGUGCGAGGUCAUUAUAGACAACUUGAGCGACACUAUUGCGAAAACUUAUCCAGACGAUGAGGAAGCUCAAGCAUGGUCUUCCGGUAUAGUGGAGGAUCAACUCCAAGAACUUCUGCUAGCUGGAGACGCCCCCUCUCUCGUCAAGGCUCAGCAUGACAUUUUUUUCAACCAGUUUCGUGACCUCGAGACCAUCUACACUUGGCUGGACCUCAUGGAACUGACCUUCCCGGAACUCGUGAAGAUCGAGUUGGUCGGUCAAACUUUCGAGGGUCGCGAAAUGAAGGCCCUGCAUAUCAGCACUAACAACCGGGAAGUGAAUCCAGAGAAGAAAACUAUCAUAAUCACCGGCGGAGUGCACGCGCGGGAAUGGAUCGGUGUAAGCACAGCAUGCUACUUCAUUUAUCAGCUGCUAGCAGGAUAUGGGGAAAAAAGAAAGGAGACCAAAUACCUUGACCACCUGGACUUCCUAAUCGUUCCUGUGUUCAAUCCCGAUGGGUACGUGUACACUUGGAGCCACGAUCGCCUGUGGCGCAAAAAUAGGCAACAGACAUUCUACCCCCGCUGUUUCGGCAUAGACAUCGACCAUUCCUUUGAUUUUCAUUGGACGGGGACCCAGGAUUUUCCCUGCAGCGAGGACUACAGCGGAGAAUCUGCUUUUGAAGCACUGGAGGCCGAGUCUUGGAACAACUACAUAAACGAGUCCAAAAGCGCAUACACCAUCCACGGGUACCUGGAUCUGCAUUCCUACUCACAGGAAGUGCUGUAUCCGUAUGCUUAUUCGUGCGACGCACUGCCUAGGGACCUGGAAAACUUACUAGAGCUAUCGUACGGCUUGGCUAAAGCUAUAAGACGUAAAAGUGGCAAGAACUACAAAGUUCUGUCCUCGUGUGAGGAUCGGGGUUCUGAUAUUACUCCAGGCCUGGGGUCGGGUUCCGCCCUCGAUUACAUGUAUCAUCAUAGGGCCCAUUGGGGUGUCCAGCUAAAGCUACGAGACACUGGGAAUCACGGUUUUUUGCUCCCUCCUAAAUUUAUCAAUCCUGUAGGGAAAGAAGCCUACGGAGCUUUACAGUAUUUCUGCGAUUUCAUACUGAAUCCUGAAUUGUAA